GGGCGGGCGCGGCGCACGCGGUCGGGCCUCCAUCGCCCGCCGCCUCACUCCGCUUCCGUCCCCUCCCGCAGACCCAGCAUGGCCGCCCAGGGAGAGCCCCAAGUGCAGUUUAAGCUUGUCUUAGUUGGUGAUGGUGGUACCGGCAAAACAACAUUUGUAAAACGUCAUUUGACUGGUGAAUUUGAAAAGAAGUAUGUAGCAACACUGGGUGUUGAAGUCCAUCCUCUGGUGUUUCACACUAACAGAGGGCCUAUUAAAUUUAAUGUAUGGGACACGGCUGGCCAGGAGAAGUUUGGUGGCCUGCGAGAUGGCUACUAUAUCCAGGCUCAAUGUGCCAUCAUAAUGUUUGAUGUAACAUCAAGAGUUACCUACAAGAAUGUACCCAAUUGGCAUAGAGAUCUGGUACGAGUAUGUGAAAACAUACCUAUAGUGUUGUGUGGCAACAAAGUGGAUAUUAAAGACAGGAAGGUCAAGGCAAAAUCCAUCGUCUUCCAUAGGAAGAAGAACCUUCAGUACUAUGACAUUUCAGCUAAGAGUAACUACAACUUUGAGAAGCCUUUCCUCUGGCUUGCCAGAAAACUAAUUGGAGAUCCUAACUUGGAGUUUGUUGCCAUGCCUGCUCUUGCACCUCCAGAGGUUGUUAUGGACCCAGCAUUGGCAGCACAGUAUGAGCAAGAUCUACAGAUUGCUCAAACUACUGCACUGCCAGAUGAAGAUGAUGACCUGUGAGGGAUGAAGCUGGAGCCCAGCGUCAGAAGUCUAGUUUUAUAGGCAACUGUCCUGUGAUGUCUGGUGCAGCGUGUUUGCCACUUUAUUAUCUAGCUGAGCAGAACAUGUGCUUAAUCUUUGGGAUGCUGAAAGAGAUGAAUGGGCUUCGGAGUGAAUGUGGCAGUUUAAAAAAAAAAAAAUUCCUUCAUAUUUUGGACCUGCAUAUUUAGCUGUUUUUGGACUGCAAUUACUUCCCCCUUGAGUUUCAAAUCUAAGACUGCUGCAGUCACAUCACAGUAUUCAGUGGUAAAUCUUGUUUGUUACUGUCAUUCCCAUUCCUCUUUUGUUUAGAUCAUAAUAAAGUUGUAUUUCGAAUAUCUAAGCAAGUGAACUUUCAUGCAUUGUUAGGAGUAAUUCUUCAAGCAAUGUCUUCCAUUCUUUAAAUAGGUGGUAACAGCAUUCAGUUUUAAUAUAUAUUUUUUUUUUUUCUUUUCAAAUGUGUUACUUGACUUGCUCCAAGUAAAUUUUAUAGGUAACAGUUACUCUUUUCAAGGCUUCUUGAGGCCUAUUCAUUUAAGUACUCCCUUUUUUUAGGAAUGCUGAAAUGUAACUGCUAGGGAAGGCAAAAGCAGUAGACAUUUGAAAUGGUAAGUGUAAAAUGGAUCGGAAAAAAAGUGUAAAAAUGCAAUAGGGAAGUUUUUUAACUAUCCUUAAUGGGCAUAGUUAUUAAAUGGAUGCAGUUUGCAGGGAUUCUUGUGACCUAGGAACUAUAGUAUAAAAGCUCCAUGUGCUCAUUGAUUCUGUAAAGGGACUAUCUUUCAGUUCUCAUUGGAAGUUCGUUUAGUUAUGUAUAACAUGUCUAUUCACAGAGCUUUAUACUAUAGCAGCCAGAAACGAUUAGCAGUGUGCCUGUGUCAAAUGAUGUACAAAGCUGUAGCUCUGCUGCAGCUAGGUUGAGCAUUGUUCAAACACGGUGUGAAAAUGGGACUCUUCCCUGAGCAUGCAUCUCAAACUAUUUUUGUUAAGUAAGAAGCAAGUCACACUUGAACGGAAGUGCUCCUGGCUACAGAAAAGCAGGAUUUGUUAAAUCUACCCUUGUAUAAACCAAAAGUUACUGUAACUGCACCAAGUUCUAUUUUUGAAACUCUUGCUUAUUACAGCACAAAUGGUGGAAAAUGUCAACUCUAAACACUAUCUUGUAGAAUCUACUCCUUUGGAUCUAAUAUUAGAGCUAGAAGUACUGGUAGUCAACAUGGCAAAAUAGAAAUUUAAGAUAUCAUUAUUUUUUUUUUUUUUUCCCCUAGUAGUGUUCAUUUGAGUAUAUGAAGCCUUGAACUAAAUUCAGUUUUGUAUUUUUGGUUUCUUAAUAAAGUGAAGCAUUUCAUUUAUUCCUCUUAACUUGCAUGUUUUUGUACAUUGCUGCUGCUUUUUUUUCUUUUCCUCCAUAAAGAAUUAAAUACUAGACUGUCACCAGCAAGCUUCUUCUUAAGUGGCAAUAACCUAUUUUAACUGGCUUAGCUAUCUGAUUUUAAUUAUGAAUACUUUGGAAUGAAACAUUUUGAACAUAUUUCUAAUAGAGUAGGCCAACACUGUUCAGAAUUUUACUUCUCAUUACUAUAGUAAUUUGUAGUAGGCUUUGAAAUAAUCCUUAGUGUGAAGGGUUAAUAUCAAGCAAUUCCUUGCUUUCAUCUGCUGUGCAAUAAAGACCAUUGCAAUUCUCCUCCCAAGCUUUUCGUUAUAGAGGUAUUUUUCUAACUUGAGCUAAAUGUCAUGGGCCUCAGCUUCCACUGUUCUGUGGUUUGUAUCUUAGCUAUUGACAUACAGCUUUCAACUUCUGGAUUUCAGUUGUUUUGCUGUUUUUCUGAUGGGGCAGCAGCUAAAAUUUACUGCUCCUUCCUUUCUGGAACAGCUUAUUAUUAACGUUUAAAAUAUGUCCACAGCAAACUUGCCUCAGGCCUGCAAGUUGGUCUUGCCUCUUAAUUUAAAAAAAUGAAGGCAUGCAUCUGUUUACUGCUCCCUAUAACUCUGUUGUCUUUGCUACUGCUGUAACUUUGCAGGCAGGUUUGGCUUCUGAGAGCAACCGGCAUGGCCAUAUUACAAACUUUAAAGCUUGGCCACAGCAGGUAUCUAUUCAAGAUGCAUUCAGUGAGUUGCUAAGUGUUUUGACACAGUACUGCUUUUCAUUUCUCUCCUCCUGCCCCCCACCCCUCCUUGCAUCACACACUUUGAAUAGAUGUUGAACUAAUAGGAAGUUAACAUAGUUUUAUUUGCAUACCCAGAACCUGUCUUCCUAUAAGAUGUAAGAUGAAUUUAAUUUCUGUUAUAACUAAAAUAUCCUUCAGAGAUGGCUCAGGUUGGAAGCCUAUUAAAUUGGACUUAAGUCCAUCUUGAACUUUAACAGCCUUGUAAUAAAUAUAUGGAACCAAAGAGGAAAGCGGUACACACUUCUCUGAUUUCAAAGCAGAUUACCCACUAAACUCACUUUAUUUUUAUAUAUAUAUUUUUCUUAUAUUCUGUAUUGAGCCCAGUAUUUCUCAAGUGUUUUCCAAGCUGCUUAAAAUGGCAAAUGUGAUUCCUAACAAUUUGUAUCUGCAUUUUCUUAAAUAACAAAUCGAGUUAACAGUAGACCAGUAUAAGGAAAACAGCUUGCCUUAAUCUAUGUCAAUACCAUCACCUAGUGGCAAGAGUCGUACAUUGGAAUAUAGUAUGUAAACUAAUCUGCAUGUCUGAAUUUAAUGUUUUCAUGCUGAA